AUGAAGUUUUCACUUAUCGCACUUUUCUCCGCCAGCGCUCUGGUCUCUGCCUUCCCCGUGGCAGACCCAGAGCCCAUGUUCGACGAGCGCCAGGCUGCCCAAAGCAUCUCUGAUGCUAUGGUUGCUAAGGGAAAGAAGUACUUCGGUACCUGCACAGACCCCGGCCGCCUGAGCGCUGGUUCCAACUCCGCCAUUAUCAAGGCGAACUUUGGUCAGGUUACGCCUGAGAACAGCAUGAAAUGGGACGCGACCGAGUCCUCCAAGGGCACCUUCAACUUCGGCAACGCUGACCAAACCGUUAAGUUCGCCACCGACAACAACAAGCUCAUCCGUGGUCACACCACCGUCUGGCACUCUCAGCUUCCCUCCUGGGUCUCCUCCAUUAAAGACAAAGCUACACUUACCUCCGUGAUGCAAAACCACAUCAACACGCUCCUCGGCCGCUACAAGGGCAAGAUCUACGCCUGGGACGUCAUCAACGAGAUGUUUAACGAGGAUGGCUCUUUCCGCUCGUCUGUAUUCUACAACGUGUUGGGUGAGGACUUUGUCCGCAUUGCGUUCGAAACAGCACGUGCCGCAGACCCAGCUGCUAAGUUGUACAUCAAUGAUUAUAACUUGGAUUCUGCGAGCAACGCGAAGACGCAGGGUAUGGUGCGCAAUGUGAAGAAGUGGAUUGCAGCGGGUAUUCCGAUCGACGGUAUAGGAUCGCAGGGACACUUGACUGCGGGUCAGGGUGCGAAUGCGCCGGCUGCUAUGGCGGCGCUGUGUGGCGCUGCUUCGGAGUGUGCGAUGACAGAGGUUGACAUCCAGAACGCGCAGCAGGCGGAUUGGACGAACGUUGUUAACGCGUGCAUGAAGCAGACCAACUGUGUCGGUAUCACGGUGUGGGGUGUAAGGGACAGUGACUCUUGGAGGCCAUCGGGUAACCCGCUGCUGUUCGACUCGUCGUACAAGGCGAAGACGGCGUACAACACCGUGUUGGCUGCUAUUAAUGCGGCUUAG